AUGGGAAUAGUUUGUUGUUCAAACUAGGAUGUUGGGAGGUUAAAUCUGUAAGGAGAUUUUGGAUUGAUCCCUACAGACGACAUAUCUUUGGAUGAAACAAAAAUUAUCAAAAUUCAAACAAGUGUUAGAUGUAAUUGUGCUGCCAAUAAAUUUAGGUUAUUUAAAGAAACAAAAAAUAGUGGAAUAGCAAGUUACUCUUAUCACUCAAAAUUAAGUGGAAUCUAAUUUUACCCAAUAAAAUGUCUCAGUGGUAGAAAUGAUACCAAAAGAUGCACAAAAAGUAGAAUGGCCUUUAAAUUUGCAUUUAUCUAUACAAAAUAAAUUGAAAGAAUUGAUUCCCCUUCAAUAGAACAGCUAUCCUUGUUAUUUAUUGAAUGAUGGAUGCCAAUACCAAGGAUAAUUUUUAUAGUUUUAAAAAGAAGGAUUUGGUAGGUAAAUAGAUAUUGAUGGCACUUUGUACGAAGGAACGUUUAAGAGGGAUCAAAAGUCAGGCAAGGGAAGACAAAUUGGUUGUGAUGGGAGUUUGUAACUAAUGAAUUAAUUCUAGAUAUGAAGGGAACUUCGAAGAUAAUGAAUUUAAUGGAUAUGGGGAAUUUUAAGAUUAAAAUGGAUUCAUCUAUAAAGGAGAAUGGAAACAAUAAUUGUUUCAUGGUGAAGGACAUGAAAUUAAUUAAUAAUUCGAAUAUAAAGGCGGAUACAAAUUUGGACAUCGUCAAGGAUAUGGGGAGAUUACAUAUCAAGAUGGAAGCAAAUAUUUGGGAGAAUUUUAGAAAAAUAAUUAUGAGGGAUUUGGUAUCUUUUUGUAUGAGGAUGGAAGAAAAGUAAUAAAAAUAUCCAAUUUAGUAUGAAGGUUAGUGGGUAAAUAAUUAAAUGCAUGGAAAAGGUACAUUCACUUGGCCAGAUGGACGUGAGUAUUCUGGGAAUGUAAAUAAGUAUAUGCCAAUUAUUUUAGUAUUCCUUCGACUUGAAGGAAGGAUUUGGAAUUUUUAAGUUUCCAAAUGGAAGCAGUUAUAGAGGAACAUGGAAAUAGGGAAAGUAACAUGGUCAUGGAGUUAUGGUGUCUGAGCUAGGAGAUUAAAGGGAAGGUGAAUGGAUAGAAGGGCGAAGGAUAAAGUGGAGAUGA